AUGAGCACAGCAGAUCAUGUCCGGAUCGGCAGAGCAUUCACUGGCCUAUUCUCGGCUCUCAGCGCAUGGCAACCGAGCGAUAACCUAGUGUUGGACAUCAGCAUUCAUUCUCCCAGCGAUUCGGAUCAUUGGUUCAAGUACCUGACCUUUGUGCCUGAUAUGGCACCUGAAAAUUGCAACUGGAAAAAGCGGUUGCCUAAACCUAUUCAGGUCAACUUUGACGACAAGAAGCACGGCUGGAUCGCAGGCCAUCGAGUUUCUCCCCCACACCCAGUGCUUAUUGAAGACAUGUUCGGAGCCAUAGUAUGGAACGGCAUUCCCCGCGCCUAUCAACUGAAAAGCCAGGAAGCCGAAUCAAUGACGAAGAUUGACUCCCGCCCAUCCGAGACCGAAUAUCCGCAGCAAUGGCAGUGGCUUGAGAAAAUUGUGGAACUCCAAGAGGCUGAAUAUAAGGGAAAUCUAUGGCUCGAAGCAAGUAGGAACAAGGAUUCGCCCGAAACCUACAAACGGGAUGAAAAAUGGUUUAAAAGACAUAUGAAGAAAAGGGCAGUUGAGACCGACAAACAAAAGAAAGUGUGGUGGGAGAGCCUUCCUACAGUUACUGCCGUAACAGGUGUGAUACUGCGUCAACAGAAUCGCCGGCAAUUGACGGAGAUUCUAGGCAAAAUCUUAUUCCGCUUUCCUGGACUUCAGGAAAUUCACUACGAGCCUUGGAGAAGAGAAUGGAAAUUUGAUCAGGAAGAGGCAGACAGAAAACUUCUCGGUCCUCAGCUGGGGGUUCAGCCCAUUCAAAUGCCGACCCCUAAGGUGGGCAAGGCGAUCGCCCAUGUCAGUCUCCAGCUUGAGCAUCUCUCGGCAUCGUUCACGGUGGAUGCUAGUCACUUUUUCAGCAGUUGUGAGCCUUCAUGGAAGUGGUCCAACCUGACGUCGCUUGCGCUGACCUCAAGACUACUCGCGCCCGAUGCGACGACCACUCAAAUCGGUGCUAUGCUCCGAACAGCGGCAAAGGUGGCUCUGAGAAUGCCAAAGCUCCGCGUGAUGGAGGUUUGGAACGGGCAAGAGGGAUUGGCGGCGCUCUUCAAAUACAAAUCAAUGGGUCAUGGGCAGCGUCCCGUGAUUACGUGGAGAGCAACGUGGGAUUAUGCCUUGCAGCCGUCCGUCAUCCAAACUUGGAGGGCAGUCAGUAUUGAGCACCAGGGAGAACAUUACUGGAAUGACUGCGUUGUCGUCAAGGAGCUUCUAAAUGUUGGUGAUGUCAGGUGUCACGGUGACGCGAUCCAUCAUUUGAAGCUGUCAAGCUCCGUUAUUCGACCUGUUUCCCUGCACCAGAUUCGAACAGAGAGCAGGGUCUUGGAUGGCACCUAUGAGUGGUCGCUUUAA